UGUUCAUUCAGAGGGGGCAGUUUUACGCAUGAUUUAACUGGAACCUGCGAUUUCUUUGGUAACCAAGGAGACGACGACGGCGUUGUGGUAUAAGAGAAAGGGAGAGAGGGGCGUUGUGUGCAACCAUAGCAUAUCAGAGAAUGGAGCUUCCAGAGACAAUACGAAAGCGUUUGGAGGGCUUUUCUCGAAAUGUCUUAUUUGAUCAGACUCGUAUGUGGGGUUUCUCGAAGGAAAACGAUGCGGUUCUGUCGCACGACAAGCGGGUUUUAUCUAGCCUCCCUCUACAGAUGUCUCUGUACUUCAACAUGUGGUUCUUCCCCCUGUGGUGGAUCAGUGAAACUGUCAUGUUGCACUUUAAGUAUCCUUUCUUGUCAGACUACUAUAAGUUCAUCCUUGUCACUGUCCUCCUCUUGAUGACUCUGUUUGAGGGCAUUAGACUUUAUCUUGGUUAUAUGGGGAACUUGCAAGAAAAGGUCCCCGAGUUGGCUGGAUUUUGGUUGCUCAGCAUCUUGCUGCAGUUUCCACUUAUUCUCUUUCAGCUUUUCAAUGAAGCCAUUCUCAUACAGCCUCUGGAGAGAGGUGUCCAUAUAGUUCUGGCUAUUUUCAUUCUCACACAGGCUGUUGCUGGGUUUUUGGCACUGCGAGACAUGGUCAGCCACACAGCAAGCCAGUUUCAUCUGAGACAGUUUGACUGAAGUCGACUUUGGGACAGAUCUUGGCUUGACAUCAUUCACACAUUUGUCUGCAGGAUUAUGUAUUUACAGGGACACUUGCUGGGCACAAGUGAUUAAGUAGAAAAAAGUUUUUAUAUUUAUAUAUAUUUUUCAUAUAUUUGUAAGUGUUUUUUUACAUUUGAAAAAAAAAGCCUUAUUUACA